AACGACCCAAUCUCAAAGAAAAAAACAAUUCCGGUACGAGGCUUGCCUCCGAGGAGCCAUGUCACUUGUCGCAAUGGAACUAUCCAGUCAUCGAGCUUUUUGCUCGAUCCUCCAACAUGUCGACGGAUAAGAUCACGUUCUUGGCCAACUGGCACGCCACCCCGUACCACGCCCCCGUAUACCUCGCCCAGGCGAAGGGAUAUUUCAAGGAUGAGGGCAUCAAGGUUGCUCUUCUGGAGCCCAACGACCCUAGCGAUGUCACCGAGAUCAUCGGAUCCGGCAAGGUGGACCUCGGCUUCAAAGCCAUGAUUCACACCCUUGCUGCCAAGGCCCGUGGCUUCCCAGUCGUGUCCAUUGGCAGUCUGCUCGAUGAGCCGUUCACCGGCGUCAUCUACCUCAAGGAGUCCGGCAUCACCACCGACUUCCGCUCCCUCAAGGGCAAGCGCAUCGGCUACGUGGGCGAGUUCGGCAAGAUCCAGAUCGACGAGCUCACCUCCCACUACGGCCUCACCCCUGAGGACUACACUGCCGUCCGCUGCGGCAUGAACGUCUCCAAGGCCAUCAUCAACGGCGAAAUCGACGCCGGCAUCGGCCUGGAGAACGUCCAGAUGGUCGAGCUCGAGGAGUGGCUCGACAAGCAGGGCCGUCCCAAGACGGACGUGCAGAUGCUGCGCAUCGACGAGCUCGCCGAGCUGGGCUGCUGCUGCUUCUGCACCAUCCUCUACAUCGGCAACGAGUCCUUCAUCGAGAAGAACCCCGAGAAAGUCCGCGCUUUCCUCCGCGCCGUGAAGAAGGCCACGGACUUUGUGCUGGCCGAUCCCAACAAGGCCUGGGCCGAGUACGUCGACUUCAAGCCCGUCAUGGGCACUGAACUCAACCGCAAGAUGUUUGAGCGCAGCUUUGCCUACUUUUCCAAGGACCUGAAGAAUGUUCAGCGCGACUGGAACAAGGUGACCAAGUACGGACAGAGAUUGGGAGUGUUGGAUGAGCAGUUCAAGGCCAACUACACCAACGAGUUCCUUAGCUGGGAGCUCGAGGCCGACUCUCAAGACCCUACUGGUGACCAGAAGCGCAUGGUUGAGCUGCAGUGCGACGUUGCCUGCCGAGGAGGCUUCCGCCGUCUCCCAGCCGUAAUCAAGGCUUAAGCUCAAGUCCUAUAUAUAUGCCCACGAGUCAUUUGACCCAGUGAGUGUAUGCAGUCUGCCGUCUUCACUCAUUGCCGAAGCAGCCUGCCGAUCUGGCAUCACCACGCUCAUUGCGCCUAGUCGCUCAUUAGCUAUAUAUCUUUGCCAGUAACAGAAAUG